UUAGUGAGACCAGAGAGAGAGAGAGAGAGCGCAUCUCAUUUCCCUCUCCACCGUUUUUUUUUGUUGUUGUAAAGAGAGUAGCAAGGUGUGUAAGUGACGCAUAUAAACGUGUAUAAGUAGUUUUGUGCAUAUAGAAUAAUUAUAGAAUAAUUAGGCUAUUGUGUUUCGCUUUAAGCAGUAUUUAUAAAGUAGCCUUAAAUGUAUAUACCGUAAAAAAAAAAUACAAAAAAUACGCUACUUUUUUUAUCGAGUCAAAAAAUGCUUUGAGCUGAAGCGGAACAUCCUUCCGCUGCCAUCAUGAAGACAGGCUGCGGGGUCUGACAACACGCUCUCUCUCGUAUGCCGGGCCCUGAUUGGAUGGAAUAACCAACCACCUGUGACGUCAGGUGACCUCGAUUGAUCGCAGGAGGCGGAGCCUGGAGUCAUCUCCGUGGCGUACACACAGAGAGAAGACUACAACAUCUCCCUAAAGAACUACAACCCCCAGAGAGAUGGUGACCACAACCCCCUGAUCUCAACCCUCCUCUCCUUCAGGACUACAACAUCUCCCUAAAGAACUACAACCCCCAGAGAGAUGGUGACCACAACCCCCUGAUCUCAACCAUCCUCUCCUUCAGGACUACAACAUCUCCCUAAAGAACUACAACCCCCACAGAGACGGGGACCACCAUCACACUAUGGACCUUCUCACGACCCCCUGAGCUCCACAAGGACUACAACUCAACAUCUCCCUAAAGGACUACAACCCCCAGGGUUCUGAGCGGAGCAGCCAUGAGCGCAGCAGCAGCAGCAGCGGAGACCCAGGUGAAGUGUGUGCUGGUGGGGGACAGCGCUGUUGGGAAGACGGCCCUCCUGGUUCGCUUCACCUCAGAGACGUUUCCUGACUGCUACAAACCAACUGUGUACGAGAACACUGGCGUAGAAGUCUACAUGGACGGGGCUCCGAUCAACCUGGGUCUGUGGGACACGGCAGGAAAUGACACGUUCAGACAGAUCCGUCCGAUGUCCUAUAAGCAGGCGGAUGUGGUCCUGAUCUGCUACUCCGUGGCCAACGCCGCCUCCCUCGCCAACGUCAAGCACAAGUGGCUGGUAGAGGUGCGUGAGAAUCUUCCUCGUGUUCCGGUUCUGGUGGUGGCGACUCAGACGGACCAGCGUGACACCGGGCCUUACCGCGCCUCCUGCUCCUCCGCCGCCGAGGGCAAACGCCUCGCCCAGGACGUACGGGCCAAGGGGUACCUGGAGUGCUCGUCGCUAAGCAACCGCGGCGUGCAGCAGGUGUUCGAGUGUGCGGUGCGGACGGCGGUGAACCAGGCCAGGAAACGGACGCGUCCGCGGAUGUUUGAUAUCAACAGCUGCACGGUGUUUUGACCUUUGACCUUUGACCUCAAAAAACCUUUGGGACCUCCUAGGGUUGGGGUUUGGUGAUCGGUGGAUACCCGAAGCCUCUAGCGACUGCUCUAGGAUCAGGACUCGGGGCCCAGUGGCGACUCCGACUUGGACUCAACACCGGGGACUUGGGACCGGACUGGCGGCUUAGUGACUGGACUACAUCACUGUAUCUGACUUGAACUAUUCGAAGUUCUGUCUGUGCCGUAAGACAGUAAACCUCCCAAUGUGUCAUUUUGACCUCUAACCUUUUGAUGACUGGACACGCGGAUCUGUAAACGACCCUCCGUAAAGGGGGGGGCCCAAAACACCGCCAAAAUGGGAAAUCGUUUUUUAACUACCUGGGCCUGUGUUCACAAAGCGUCUCGGACUCGGGAGUGCUGAUCUAGAGUCAGUUUCACUUUCUAGGUCAUAAUUUCUAGAUCAUAAUUUCUCUAGGUCGUAAUUUCUCUAGGUCGUAAUUUCUCUAGGUCAUAAUUUCUCUAGGUCAUCAUGAAUCGGAUUACAUCGAUCUGAACUCCUAUUCUGAGACGCUUUAUGAAUACAGGCCAUGGAAGCACAGACGGUCUGUGUGAGUUUGAAAAUCACGAACUCUCAAACUGUUUUUUUUUUCUUUCUUCUUUCUUCUUCUGUUGUUUUGAUGUCUGUUAUUCGAUAGAUUUAGAGGAGGGUUUCUAGAGAUUUCAGUCAAUAACGUCACCAGAGAGUUAUAGGUUGUUCGUUAUGAUGAAACAGACGAUCAGGUAUUUUAGAUCGGACGGUAAACAGAGACGAUCAGGUAUUUUAGAUCGGACGGUAAACAGAGACGAUCAGGUAUUUUAGAUGGGAUGGUAAACAGAGACGAUCAGGUAUUUUAGAUCGGAUGGUAAACAGAGACGAUCAGGUAUUUUAGAUGGGAUGGUAAACAGAGACGAUCAGGUAUUUUAGAUGGCAUGGUAAACAGAGACGAUCAGGUAUUUUAGAUCGGACGGUAAACAGAGACGAUCAGGUAUUUUAGAUCGGACGGUAAACAGAGACGAUCAGGUAUUUUAGAUGGUAAACAGAGACGAUCAGGUAUUUUAGAUGGUAAACAGAGACGAUCAGGUAUUUAGAUGGGAUGGUAAACAGAGACGAUCAGGUAUUUUAGAUGGGAUGGUAAACAGAGACGAUCAGGUAUUUUAGAUCGGACGGUAAACAGAGACGAUCAGGUAUUUUGGACGGUAAACAGAGACGAUCAGGUAUUUUAGAUCGGACGGUAAAAUUGUCCGCUUCCAGGAAGACGUUGGAAACUUUUUUUUUAAAUUUAUAUCCUUGACAAGUUAUUUUUAUUGUUAUUGUUUUAUUUCAGGUUAAAAUUGAAGUAAACAAUACAAGUUGACAUCGACUAUUUCCGUUCUCCGUCUAUAGAUGUUGAAAGUGAUCCUUUUGGAAAGGUAUUCCAGCUUGUGAUUUGUCUGUUCCCUUUGUGUUAAAGAAAUGUUGCCAACCACUUAAAGUGCCUGUAACAUAAUUCAUGAAUAAACGAACGACCUUC